AUGAUUUGGUUCCUUGCUAUUAUGCUAAUUGUCAUCCAAAUUAAACGCGGCAACAUGGGCCAGAUGCUCUACGGAACGGCGCUUCUCACGGCGGUCAGUUUGACCCCGAGUGUCACGCUGGAGGUGCCCUUGAAUUACUCUAAGGGAUCGCCGUCCGUAGUGUUCCGCUACCCGAAUGUCCUGAUCACCGCCCUCGCGUCCCUGGCGCUGACCAUCCUGGCCAUGCUGCCCUCGCUGCUGAUCCCGAAACGCUGGCGUCGGCAGAAGAGAUGCUACCUGCCGUUGCUGCCCUGGAUCCUGGUCUGCUGCAUCAAAUUCGCCACCAAUAUGGAGCUGUUCUAUAAGGCGAUCUACCAUGUGUGGCAUGGUGGCCAUCCGGAGUCAUUGGUCUUCGCCCUUUGCGUCUACUGUGCCAUUUCCAGCUUGGCCCUGGACCAGAUGCUCCGCUGGAACGUCAUGUACCAUCUGAUGACCAACGAUAUUACCAAGUUACGCAUUUACCUAAACCUUUUUGGUUAG